AUGACUGAAGAAACAACCGGAGGGAGUCCGACGAGACAGUCUGAUCCAAACAAAGUAGAUGCAGAUGGAGAGGGUCCAUCCAGGGGAAAAUGGGCCAAUAAGUGGGAGUUUUUGUUCUCUAUGACGGGAGUCAUCAUAGGCCUGGGAAACGUGUGGCGGUUUCCUUAUCUGUGCUUCAAGAAUGGUGGAGGAGUCUUCCUCAUUCCGUACUUCCUGUUCUUGACCUUCGGCGGCAUUCCCGUCUUCUUCCUGGAGACGGCGCUGGGUCAGUACACCAGCCAGAGCACUGUGACCGCCUGGAGGAAGAUUUGCCCUAUGUUCCAGGGAGUGGGGGUGGCAUCGCUUAUCAUUGUCAUCUACCAGAAUAUCUACUAUAUCGUGGUGCUGGCGUGGAUCUUCUUCUACCUGUUCAACUCCUUUCAGAGCCCGUUGCCGUGGUCCACAUGUGAAAACUAUUGGAACAGCGAUAACUGUCACGAUCGCGUGAGCCAGUACGCUAACCCGCAUCUGUUCCACCCUGACGCCAACUGGUCCUUCCUCAACAAUAUAAGCACCUACGAUUACUUCGAGAACUUGAGCGACAUAUCCCUGAAUGAAACCUUCCUGAUGGUCAAAUCAGCCGAGGAGGAAUUCUGGACCAACCGUGUUUUGAGGAUGUCUGAGUCGAUGUCACUUGGGAAGGUGCACUGGGACCUGGCGCUUUGCCUGCUGCUGGCCUGGGUCGUAUGCUACUUCUGCAUCUGGAAGGGGAUUAAAUACAUGGGCAAGGUGGUGUACUUCACAGCCGGCUUCCCAUACCUGAUCCUCAUCAUCCUCUUCCUCCGAGGAGUAUCGUUACCUGGUGCUGGCGAGGGCUUGAAAUUCUAUCUCUUCCCUGAUUUCAACCGUCUGGGCAAUGCACAUGUUUGGCUGGAUGCAGGAACUCAGGUGUUUUUCUCCUACGCAGUCUGCCAGGGAGUCCUAACUUCCCUUGGAAGUUACAACAACUACAACAACAACUGCUACAGGGACUGCAUGGCGCUCUGCCUCCUGAACAGCAUCACCAGCAUCUUCUCCGGCUUCGUGGUGUUCUCAGUGUUGGGCUUCAUGGCGUUUAAUUUAGGCGUGGGGAUUGAGGAAGUCGCUAACAGCGGUCCAGGGUUGGCCUUCAUCACCUAUCCCAAAGCACUCUCAAUGCUACCCGGAUCGACUUUUUGGACCGUGCUGUUCUUCCUCAUGUUGCUCUUUCUGGGUUUGGACACUCAGUUUUUGUGCGUGGAAAGCCUCGCGACGUCCAUCAUUGACCUGUUCCCACGACAGCUGAGAAAGCGCUGCGCUCGGGAGAUCCUGGUUCUGGUGAUUGCUGGGGUCUGCUUCCUGUUGGGCCUGCCACAUAUCACAGAGGGAGGAAUCAUGCUCUUCCACCUCAUCGACAGCUUUGGACCGAGUGGCACCAGUCUACUUAUCAUCGGUUGCUUUGAGUGCGUCGUCGUAGGCUGGGUGUACGGCGCCGAUCGUUUCCUGGACAAUAUCGAGGACAUGAUCGGCUACCGGCCAACCUCGGUGAUCAAGUACUGUUGGUUGUUCGUCACGCCGCUGCUUUGCGUGGUCACCAUGCUGUACGACCUGGUCAAUACGCACUCGCUCAUAGUGUAUGACUACCAAAUGGGCAAGUGGGCCUUGCUCGUGGGCGCACUGCUUAUCCUCACGCCGCUCAUCUGCAUCCCGAUGUUCAUCUUCAUCACUUUGUGCAGGACUCCCCACAGCAUGACGACGCCGUCAGCAGAUUUACGCCAGGCUCGGCCUCACAAUCCUGCCUUGACGUUGUGUGGCACCGUCGUCCACAGGCCUGAUCGAGCACGAGAACACGACAACAAGAUGGCGACGGGGGAGGUCACUGGCGUUUAA